AUAGUCAGUUGCGCGUUCAUGUUUGCGGAUCAGUAGUUGUUUAAUUUUGAACAUCUGCGACGCACGGGCGAACGAACUCAAUAUCCAUCUGGUCUAUCGAAUUUUACUGCAGUUUUGAUGACUGAGUCUUAACAGACACAAUGAGUACAAAUAUCACCAACUGGCAAGCCGACGAUCGUGGCACUAUGGAAAAAGUGUUGGCCAUGUUAGUCCUCGGCCUUGGCAGCCUUCUCUCCGGCAUGUUGCCUGUGAUCAUUGGGGAACGCAAUCGACAACGCUUUCCACUGAUAACAUCACUGAUGCUCUGCUUCGGUGCCGGUAUUUUGCUAGCCACGGCACUGGUGCAUAUUUUGCCAGAGGUGCGCGAGCAAAUGAACUCCAAAUUCGCCGAGGUUGCCAUGUGUGGCGGAUUUUUCAUCAUAUAUUUCAUUGAUGAGUUUGUACAUUAUUUCUUUGGUGAGGCCAUUCAGCAUACACAUGCACCCGCCUCACCUACAACAGGUGUCACAAACCAAAUCCAAAGCAAUGGAUCCUAUGGAGCAACGGACGAACGUGCACCUUUAAUACAAGGAGCGGAUUCAGCGACAUCUUCCACGCACCAUCAUCAUCAUCACGAGAACGGCCAUGAUCAAAAUAACCACGAACACAAUCAUGCUGCCGUUUCCGGCUGUGACGACGAGAUUGUGGAGGAUGCAAAUGCCCGGAUUUGUCAUACCAGCCACACGGAGCCAUGUGCGCAAUCCAUGACCGGGACAUUGGGUCUCUUUGUGGCCCUCUCAUUGCACUCGGCGAUUGAGGGUUUGGCUAUCGGUGUACAAAACUCAUCCACUAAGGUGCUCUUUCUACUCGGCGCCGUUGCGUGUCACAAAUUUGUGAUGGGCUUUUGUCUGGGUCUUGAGUUUCGCUCAAAUCCACGAACAAGCAUUCGCUCACAAUUCAUUGGCAUUUCGGUGUUUGCUUUGGGUGCCGUCUGCGGGAUUGGACUGGGUAUGCUUAUCGUUAAUAUACCCUCAACCUGGUCUAAAACGACGCUACCAAUUGUACAAGCCCUGGCUGGAGGCACACUCUUUUAUGUGACCGUCUGCGAAGUGAUACCGCGCGAGAAGGCUCGUUGGCAUAGUAAUCUAAAUCGUCGCUGGGCGGGAUUUGCACAGUUUGCGACUCUCUUUGUUGGCUUUACGACAAUGUGCGUAAUUAACUAUUAUCUAGCUGAUGACUGAGAAUCUCCGUUGUUUUUAACUUGUAAUUAUAGUUGCACACAAAUUCUGUAAAUGCUAUUUUAAUGUAAUAUUUUUUUAAUCUAUCGUUAAGUGUUCUCAAGAUGUUUGUUUUGUAAAGUCCGAAUUAAGUAUGUGUCAAUCUGUUUAAUCUGAUUUGUCACUGUGAUUAGACCAAUAUAAAAGUACACAAAGAA